UAUAAAAUUAUAUUUAUUAACAAAAAGUAAUUGUCAUAGAUCAAACAUGGAAGAAACCUCAGCAUGCCAACUCCGUCGUCGGCGACUAGCGAACAACCCAAACAUUGCUCUGACCUUCGAACUGGGGUACCAGGUGAAUGAAGGAAAAGUUGAAGACGAGACUCCUUCGCCUAGUUCAUAUAAAUAUUCUACGUACAAAGAAAAUAUGAAUUCUGCGCUACAAGAGUUCAAAAGCAAACAACAAUCGUUUGAAAUACAGAUAGAAGAAUGUGAGGAGGAGGAGAUAAUUAUAAGCGAUGACGAAGACGAAUCGGAACCGGGGCCUUCUGGUGUCGACCGCCCUAUUACACCCACGCCCGUGCAAGACUUUGGAACCAGUGUAGUUUAUACUGAAGGUCCGCAGGCGUGCGAUUUCUUGAAAGUUAAAACAUACGAACACGAUUGCCCCACGGACGUGUCCGACGCAGAUGAUGACGAAGAAUAAAAUGUCGAAAACUUUUAAUCACAAAAUAAAACCUAUAUAAACGUAAAUAUGAUGAAUUUUCUUUAAUUAUUACAAUAU